CACACACACAGGAGCCCUCACAGUGCGGUGAAACGACUCCCUGAAGAGGCAAUAUAAACAUCAGUGUUCAAUUCAAGGCCAGGGUUCACUCGGAAUGCACCCACCACCACUCCUUCUCUCCUCCUCUCUCUCCUUAUUCGUCUCUCCUCCCACCCUCUUUAACUCACACACUCUCUCUCCCCCUCUGAUACAGCGUCGUUGCCAUGGCGCCGCCUGCCUGAGUCACUAUACAGCGGUGGAAGCUCGGUCACACUCCCGGCUUUCAGUGUGGGAUGUUCAGUCAGAGCGCGCCGGCUGAGCGCAGCGCUGGUUGGUAACCGUGCCAGUGUGUGCGUACACGUGUAGCUCGGCUCGGCUCGGCCCGGCUCGGCUCUGUCCCGGGAUGCUGAGACGUCACCAUCACCUGUGAGAGGCCCAGAGGGGGGUCCAUCGCGAAAGCGGCCGGGGACACGUCGCACACCUGCGGCUGGAUCGAAGUCGAUGGAGCGACGCGCACCGCAGCCGCACUCCGCCGAUUGCUUCACCUCCUCUCCUGGUCCACGGGGGAGCGCGCUUGUAAGCUGAUUUGACCCGGGAAUGUGAAUACCUCUCCGGGAUUAGAGGGUUGUUAUUGGGUGAACGACAAUGCCCCGCGGCUCCUCAGUCCGUCACUCGCGGCUAUUGUUCGUGCAGCGGCGGACGCGCGGUACCCGGUCUCCCCCGGUUGGUCUCCAGUAGCUGCGCAGCAUCUGCCCCUGCUCCUGUGCCUCCUGCGCUGCGUCGGUGUCCCGGUGUGGAUCGGAGGAUAGCAUGACUUCCUGGCUCCGGCUCCCUCGGUGUCUCCUGCUCUGCUGCGUGGUGCUCGCUGUCUGCGCACAAGCCUCCAGUGGUGCCGGUGGCAGUACUUGCUGGUCUCCUAGUAUCACUACAUGCACAGAGUGUCUCAGAAGUGGACCACAGUGUGCCUGGUGCUUCAAAGAGAACUUUCAGGAUGGGUUGUGGCCAGGCCAUCGCUGCGACCUGCCAGUGAACCUGCUAAGAAGAGGCUGUGGACCGGAGCUAAUGGAACAGUCAGAGGUUAAAGUGGAGGUCAAUGCCACUGUCGGCAGCACACAAGUGUCCCCAGCCGACAUCAGCAUCACCCUCACACCAGGUUCUGAAGCCAGCUUCAUAGUGGCUGUGAAGCAGCUGGAGCGUUACCCCGUGGAUCUAUAUUACCUGGUCGAUGUAUCAGCCUCUAUGCAGGAAAACCUGGAUCAUCUGAAGACAGUUGGCGUUGCUCUGUCUCUUCGUAUGACGGAGCACUCCUCGGACCUUUGGCUGGGUUUCGGCUCGUUCGUGGACAAACCCGUCUCCCCUUACAUUAAUGUGCAUCCCUCCAAGAUCAACAACCCCUGCAGUGAUUAUGAGAUCCGCUGUCGCCCGGCCCACGGCUUCCACCACGUCCUCAGUAUGACAGGAAACAUGAGCGAGUUCACGCGCGUGAUUAAACGCCAGCGCAUCUCCGGGAACAUGGACACACCUGAGGGGGGGCUGGAUGCUAUGUUGCAAGCUGCUGUCUGCCAGCGGGCGGUAGGUUGGCGACCAGAGGCCAAGCGUCUGUUGCUCCUGAUGACGGACCAGCCAUCUCACCUGGCCCUGGACAGCCGGCUGGCAGGGAUUGUCACCCCUCACGAUGGCCUGUGUCACCUGGAGAACAACGUCUACACAGGGAGCACCAGGAUGGACCAUCCCAGCGUGGGUCAGUUGUCCGAUAAGCUGCUUGAAAACUAUAUCUACUCCAUCUUUGCUGUUGAGAAGCAGCAGUACCAGUGGUACGAGGAGUUGGUACGUCUGCUCCCUGGUUCCUACCUGGGAAAGUUAGGCAUCUUCCAGGCUUCAAACCUAAUCGAGCUGGUGGUGGAUGCAUACAAGAGGCUGUUGUCAGAGGUCACGGUGUCAGUGUCAGUGGAGGACGAGGCAGUCAGCAGGUACUGGGUGUCCGUGUCUCCUCUCUGUCCUAACGGGUCCACUGCCAAGGACCAGAGCUGCUCGGGGGUGCAGCCCGGCCAGACGGUUUACUUCAAUAUCACCAUCGGCCUGCGCUCGUGUCCUGAUGAUGGCGAAGAUGAAGACGUACGAGUCAUGGUUCAUCCCUUGGGUUACAAUGAAUCCACCGUCGUUAGGAUUCACUCUCAAUGUCGCUGCAGUUGUGGACCAACAAUGCGCUGUCAUGACGAGAGCCAAUCACCGUGCACAGGCACCCAGGACGGCACCAAUCAGGAGCAGAGGCCAGACCACGGAGAUUCAAACUGGAAAUGCAGAGCUGAUGGGUCUGAUGUGGACUGCAGUGGUCGGGGAGAAUGUGACUGCGGGAGGUGUGUGUGUGAAGAGAGCCGGCUCGGGACAGUAUACGGGAAAUACUGUGAGAGGGACGACUUCUCCUGCCCUUAUGAAGGGGGACUUCUGUGUGGGGGACGGGGUGUGUGUGUCUCAGGUGAAUGUCUUUGUGACGACGGUUGGACUGGUGAAAGCUGCGGUUGUCUGGUCUCCACAGCAACCUGCCAAUCAGCCAACGGCUUGCUAUGCAGCGGGCGGGGAAAAUGCGUGUGCGGCAAGUGUGUGUGUGACGACCACCGGUACUCUGGGGACUUCUGUGAGAAAUGCCCUGUUUGCCAAAUCACCUGCCAAUCAUACGGGAAGUGUUCGGGCUGCAGCUCUUCACAUGCUCUUGCACAGAGAGAGGUGGGACCCUGCAACAACACCUGUGCAACACUGAGGGGCUACAUGGACAAUACUUCAGAGUGUACGAGCAACAGCCGGUUGGUGGGAACGUUCCUCAGCGUGUGUGCACUGACGGUGCUCUGCGGGCUGGUGGUGGUGGCCGUCUCCCGCUUGCUUCUACAUAGAAAACGCGUCUGGUCACCAGGGGGCACUGCUGAGGACAGAGUUUAUCACUGCACUGGAAAGGACCUGUCCUACAUUCCAACAACCAAUGAGAAGACAGUUACCUACAGGAGGGACCAACCACCUGACCGCCCUGUGGAGAUGCACAUUCAGGUUCCCAAGAUGCCCCUUGGUGAUCCCUGGCAGUACUAGGCCGAAGUCAGAGGUCACGGCCAGAGGGAAGGCACAAGAGACUAGAAGGAGAGUUGGACUAAAAGACUUCUCUUCUGUCUCUGAACCUUCAUAAAACUUCAACCAGCUGUAUGUGGAGACACUGAUAAUGGUUAAACACUAUAAACUGCCCAUGGUCUCUUAGACUGUGUGACUAACGAGGCCAGUAUUCAGGAAAUGGAGAUGAAACUUCGAGCACAAGUCCCCCGACCUCUUCUUCCUCUGUAGCAGUAGCAGCGAGGCUUCUUCUCCUUCUUUAGGGUACAGGACGAUCAGUUCGCACUUUUUUAGCCAUGAGUCUCGCAAUUAUUGCUCUAAUUUAUGGGCCUGUGUGUGUGUGUGUGUGUGUCUCUGCUUUCUAUUUACAGUAAAAACACUACAUGUUUUAGAGUCUUGACUGUGUGACACUCCAACACCCCGAACUCUACUGUCUUCCUGUUUUAGCCUGCCCCCUUGUGGCCAGCUUGAGGUACGAAAUUUCCUCUCAAAUAAUACUGUGGACAAAUUCCUGACUUCUGCUGAAUUGAUUUAGGAUGUAACUGUUACGGAAGCACACAAGUGACUCUUCAUUUUUAUUUGAUAAGACUCACAUGUGGUGUAUACCUGGUCUUAAAGUGUUUUUUUGUGUCCCUAUAUAUUUGGUUUUGUUAACCGAUCAACUGCAUUGAAAACUAAUGUUAUUUUAUGGCAUUUCACUAUCAUUAUAUAUAUAUAUAUAUAUAUUUAUAUAUAAAUAUGUAUGACAAUAUAGUUUCAUAUGAUUGUCUGGUUAGACUUGCACUUGAACAAUUGUUUUUGCAUUAUACUACUGAAAACUGUGAGGUCUCUAAGGCGAGAGAGCCGUAAUGGCGGGUCUGAAAUGAUUUGUUUGCUAUUCUUUGGGCAUUAGAAGGCAUGCGAGUGCGUUCGAAGGUAAUGUAACACAACCACAACACUGGAAUAACAAUGGACUGAAAAUCAAUAUGUUAAAUACUGAUGGCAAGUGUAUCAUCAAAUGACUGAACAUUCGACCUCUGUAACAGCGACAGAAACGUGUGCAUGCAUCUGCUGAUCAUCACUAUCCAGAGCUGUAGAUAUGUUUAGAGGCUGAGAGCAGCUCCUGGGCAAAGGUACAAAUCAGCCGUAAAGGUACAGAGGUGGACUUUCUCUCCUCACACUCCUCAUGCACUAGAUCCUCUGGAUCCACAAUGCCAGUUGAAUGGCAUCUUAUGAGACUUUUGCUUCCCCCAAUCCUGUUCUUUUUUAUUUAACGCAAACUUGUUUACAGCAAUAGCUGAACACUAAUUAUUAUUUAUUGUGAUUUUAUUAUUAUUUCUUUCUUUUAUUCUGAUAUGUUAAUUUUGCUAUUUUAUGACAAGGCUACUUGAGUAAUGGGUAGUAAGCCCUCUUUGUGUUUAUGAAGACUGGUCUCUCUUCCUGACCGAGAAUAAUUCAGCAAUAAGAUAAUAAUCAUCUCAUCUCAGUUUGGAGUAACAACAGCACUUUUCUGUGUAUUUUUACUGUCAAAUAAUGUGACUGUAGUUGCGUAGCAUGAAGGAUUUUGUCACAAUAAAAAUGUGCAAGAUG